CAGUUGCUCGCGCUUCUUCCUCUUGCUGAGCCUCUCAACAUCCAAGCCAUCCCUCCUCCCUCUUACUAAAUGCCUCCCUUCUUCUCCUACACCACCCUCCCCUAUCAACUCACAGAAAGCCCCUACCCUAUGCGCAACUUCUCGGAGUAUUUGGUGGAGCUGGAGAACGUGGAGCCGCUGCCGCAAGUUGAGGAGGACGUGUGGGAAUUACACCGCGCGCUGUAUCGAUCGGUGGUGCUGGGCAUGUUCCGGUUCUCAGUGGAGUACGGCGAUCACAACAUCGCCGAGAACUUGCAAGUGUAUUACGUUAUCUCGCGGCCGAAGCUGGAGAGGAAGGAGGGCACGGUGGCAUUAUACCCGUUCGGGGAAAUCGAGACGAGCAGGUCGGGAUUGCUGGAGCUUAUACAUAUCGAGUUCAUGUCUAUCGUCCAAGUGAUCGCCAGCGAAGAAGAGGAUCUCCAACUCCGCCUACGAAUGACAUCGGCUCCGCGGCGAUCUUACCACGCUGUGGUGAUACCAGACUAUAUCGCGCGGUGGGGAGAAAAGGUGGUAAGCAUUGCCGAUCAGAAAUCGUUGUGGCCUCCCUCGUCCUACCCCAAGCCAAUAGCCCCGAGGGCCCUCAGGAAGACGCCCAAGAAGAGACGUUGCCAACCAUCGCCAGAAGCGCAAGGAAGCCGAGUGGGACCCGGAGAAGAGGUGGACCAGGUUGGGCGGGUGCGGAAGCCAGAUCCCAUUCCAGAGAGCAAGGCAACAGCGAUCGAGGGACCUCCGCCGCGGGAAGGAGCGGGAACAAGCAGAUUUCGAAAACACGAGAGCCCUCCGGAGCGGAUACCAGCGCCGCCGCUCCUUCCCGACCUCAAUCUCGAUGGAGCCGGCCCAUCAACACCAGCAGGAGGAGGAGUGGGAGGAGUACCAUAUCCCACAUCCAGACCCCCCAUCCUCGCAGGACCUUUCCACUUCCGCCAGCCACCUAGGCGUGCCCCGGUCAUUGACCUUAGCAGUUCCUCCGAGCCGGACGGUCCACCCGACAGAUGUAGCAUUCAUGGUGGAACCUGCAACCAUCUGGCUCGAAGCGAUCGAGGGGGCCCCUCGUCCUGAUCCUGCAUGGGAGCCAUAUCGCCCUUUGAAG